UGUCACUUUAGUUCCACCAGUUGCUACUCGAUUGCUAGCGGCGCUGUUUCGGUCGCAAAAACUGCAUUCAAAUUGCAUUCAAUGACAGUUGGGCAACCGGUUGCCAACUGCGUUAGCGAAUACGAAUUUUUCAGUCGGUCGACAAUCGGUCGCAAGUCGGUUGAGUUGGAAAUUUUUACGUAAUAAGCCUGCCGGCUCACGCGAACCCACCAGCUCGCAACCAGUUUGCUACGGA